GGUUUCACCUGCUGAGCUUCUUUCAUCAGAACUCGUCUGUCUGCCAGAUGUCACAGUAACGCAAUAUGUCGGACAUUCCGAAAGGCUGAUUUUUUUUUUCCCCUAGUGAAUUGUUUAAUUUAUUUUGAUUCCUUCAAAGUCCCGUGGCACAUUCCCGACUUUUCAAAUGCACUUCUUAACCCUGCAUUCAGUCUUUAGACAAACCGGCACGUCACGCUCUAUGACGUCAUCCAAGGCGACGGAAGCCGAGGCCGCGCUGCAGAGACGCUACACGAGAGUCAGGCUCUGUGUUAAGCAUUAAACUUCGGUUCAGUUGGCUUAGCGAAUGGUCUGUGGCAUCGCUCACUGGUUAGUUAGACUGCUGGUGCCGGAGAGACAAAUCCCCGCAGAAAAAAAAGAGAGAAAGAAAAAACUUGUGGUUUACUGUAACAUCCGAAUGGAUGUGAACAUGCAGACGUGUGAGGUUGACACAAAUAUCUUGGAGAAAAGGAUCAUAAAUGUUAAAGAGGAGGACUGUGAAUGGGAGUCGGCCCAUCAUAAACGGGAUAGUCUGGGCAUUAAGGAUGAGGAGUGUGAACUGGGAUCAGUAGAAAUUAAAGAAGAGGCUGAAGAGAUGUCUGUCAACAUUAAGACUCACAAAAACAAAGCUGUGGAGAGUGUCAAGGAAGAAGAACUACAUUAUGGGUGUCAAGAUGGAUUGAUGACUGCGUUAGUCUCUUCUCAAAACAGAAACCGUUCAUCUGUCAACGUGAAGUCUGAAUCCUUACAGUCUGACAUGAAGGGAAUUGGGGAAAAUGCAUCUGUUAGAACUCACGAAGAUCAGCCACCACCUACAAAUAAGCCUGAUAUAGGAGAAAAACCUCACUGCUGUUUUGAGUGUGGAAAAUUAUUUUGUAAAGUGCACUAUCUUCAGAGCAAAAAAAUAAUUCAUACAGGAAAGAAGCUAUAUUGUUGUUUGGAAUGUGGCAAACAAUUCCGUGGCAAUUUCCAACUUCAGCGCCACGAAAGAAUUCAUACUGGAGAGAAGCCAUAUUACUGUUUGGAAUGUGGAAAACAGUUUCGUUGCAGUAGUCAACUUAAGUGCCACAAAAGAUUUCACACUGGAGAAAAGCCUUAUUGCUGUAAUGAAUGUGGCAAACAGUUUAGUCGCAGUGGUAGUCUUCAGUGCCACGAAAGAAUUCACACUGGUGAGAAGCCAUAUUCCUGUUUGGAUUGUGGGAAACAGUUUAGUCACAGUGGUAGUCUUCAACGCCACGAGAGAAUUCACACUGGAGAGAAGCCAUAUUGCUGUUUGGAAUGUGGGAAACAGUUUCGUGACAAUUCCCAACUUCAGCGUCACAAAAGAAUUCACACUGGAGAGAAGCCAUAUUGCUGUGUGGAAUGUGGGAAACAGUUUCGUUGUAGUAGUCAACUUCAGUGCCACAAAAGAUUUCACACUGGAGAAAAGCCUUAUUGCUGUUUGGAAUGUGGUGUCCGAUUCUCAUGUUCCACCAGUCUUCAGAGCCACAAAAGAAUUCACACUGGAGAAAAGCUAUUUAGCUGUUUAGAUUGUGGCCGGAAAUUCUACGAUGAGAAGAGUCUUCAGAGUCACAAAAGAAUUCACACCGGAGAUAAGCCAUAUUGCUGCUCUGAAUGUGGCCGACGAUUCAUAAAUAUCAGCCGUCUUAAGACUCAUACUACAUUACACACUGGAGAGAAACCCUAUUGCUGUUUGGAAUGUGGCAAAAAAUUCCGUAGCAAGAGUCAUCUUCAGAGCCAUAGUAACGUUCACACCGGAGAGAAACCCUAUUGCUGUUUGGAAUGUGGCAAAAAAUUCAGUAGCAAGAGUCAUCUUCGGAGCCAUAGUAACAUUCACACUGGAGAAAAGCCAUUUCGCUGUUUGGAAUGUGGCAAAAAAUUCCGUAGCAAGAGAAAUCUUCAGAGCCAUAGUAAAAUUCACACUAGAGAGAAGCCAUAUUGUUGUUCUGAAUGUGGCCAACAAUUCACAAAUGCCAGAAAACUUAAGACCCACACUGCAGUCCACACUGGAGAGAAGCCAUUUUGCUGUCUGGAAUGUGGUGUGCGAUUCUCAAGUUCCACCAGUCUUAAGAGACACAUAAGAAUUCAUACUGGAAAAAAGCUUUUUAGCUGUUUAGAAUGUGGCCGGCAACUCUAUAGCAAGAAAAAUCUUCAGAUUCACAAAAGAUUUCACACCGGAGAGAAGCCAUAUUGCUGUUCUGAAUGUGGCCAACACUUCACAAAUACCAGCAAACUUAAGACCCACUCUGCAGUCCACACUAAAGAGAAACCAUAUUGAUGUUUGGAAUGUAGCUAAAAAUUCGGUCCCAAGUGUAAUCUUCAGGCCCACGAUAGAGCUCACACAUCUUCCUCUUUGGAAUGUGGAAAACAAUACUCUGAUGGGAGUUACCUUAAGAAACACACUAAGAUUCACAUUGGAAAGAAACCCUGAGGUGUGACUUAGAGGGAGAAGGAGUCAAAUUCACCCACCUAACUUUAAAUCUUGAUGAGUACAUCCUUGUGGUAGGCUUCAUUGUACAGCCAAGGUCAAAGGUUUUGAGAAUGACACAAAUACUAAUUUUCACAAAAUUUGCUGCCUCUGGUUUUAUGCAUAUACUCCAGAAUUUUAUGAAGAGUGAUCAGAUGAAUUGCAAUUAAUUGGAAAGUCCCUCUUUGCUGUGAAAAUGGACUUAAUCCCAAAAAAAAACCAUUUCCACUGCAUUUCAGGCCUGCCACAAAAGGACCUGCUGACAUCAUUUCAGUGAUUCUCUCAUUAGCACAGGUGAGAGUGUUGAUGAGCAGAAGGCUGGAGUUCACUCUGUCAUGCUGAUUGAGUUAGAAUAGCAGACUAGAUGCUUUAAAAGCAGGGUGCUGCUUGGAAUCAUUGUUCUUUCUCUAUUAACAAUGGUUACCUGCAAGUGCAGAUAUCAUUGCUUUGCACAAAAGGGGCUUCACAGGCAAAUAUAUUGCUGCUAGUAAGAUUGCACCUAAAUCAACCAUUUAUUGGAUCAUCAAGAACUUCAAGGAGAUAGAUUCAAUUAUUGUGAAGAAGGCUUCAGAGCACCCAAGAAAGUCCAGCAAGCACCAGGGCUGCCUCCUAAAGUUGAUUCAGCUGCAGGCACCACCAGUGCAGAGCUUGCUUAGGGAUGGCAGCAGGGAGGUAUAAGUGCAUCUGCACGCAAACUGAGGCAAAGACUUCUGGAGAAUGGCCUGGUGUCAAGAAGGGCAGCAAAGAAACCAAGAAAAACAUUAGGGUCAGACUGCUAUUUUGCAAAAGGUACAGGAAUUGGACUCCUGAGGGAAAGUCAUUUUCUCUAAUGACUCUCCUUUCCGAAUUGUUUGGGGCAUCUGGAAAAAAAGAGAAGGUGAGUGCUACCAUCAGUCCUGUGUCAUGCAAACAGUAAAGCAUCCCAAGAUGACACAUGAUAACUAAGUGGCUCAGAGAACAAAACCUCAAAAUUUUGGAUCCAUGGCCAGGAAACUCCCCAGACCUUAAUCCCAUUGAGAACUUGUGGUCUAUCCUCAAAAGGCAGGUGGACAAACAAAAGUCCACCAAUUCUGACUAACUCCAAGCAUUGGUUAUGCAAGAAUGUGCUUCCAUCAGUCAGGAUUUGGCCCAGAAGUUGAUUGACAGCAUGCCAAUGUGAGAGGUCUUGAAAAAGAAAAAUGGGCCAACUCUGCAAAUAUUUACUCUUUGAAUUACCUUCAUGCAAUUGUCAAUAAAAGCCUUUGAAACUUAUGAAAUGCUUAUAAUUAUACUUCACUAUACCAUAGAAACAACUGACAAGAAGAUCUAAAAAUACUGAAGCAGCAAACUUUGUGAAAACCAACACUUGGGUCAUUCGCAGAACUUUUGGCCAUGACUGUAUAACAUCCAUACUUUAUCUUAUCAUGACAAAAACAUGUUGUUAGGGCAUGUAAGAGUGGAAGUGCAACUUCUUCAGAUGUAGAGAAGACCUCUACUGUGGUGGCAGUCCAGAUGGGCUGUGCUGCUGGUCCCACCACAAUAAAACAGACUAAUUAAAGCUAAAUGGAAGGAGUGAGUUCACGUUAAGUUAAGCAGAAAUACAAUUGUUGAAAUUGAAGUCUUGCAUACUGACAUAUGAAGGCCUAAACUUCACAAACAAUAGAAUGCAAUAAUCUCAAGCUUCUGUCAGAAGCACAAGUUAAGUAAAUACAAACAGAAACACAAAGAAUGGGUUCAGACAGACUUUUGAAGGAUAACAAAAGAGUUCUGGAGUGACAUGAACCUGAAGGAUACUAUAUCACCCCUUAGGUUCCUUUCUCAAAGUGGAAUAGGAAGAAAUGCCAAAACCAUCUACACAUCUGUUAUGAGUAAUGUCCAUAUUGUAUGCUGCAUACUUAACUACCAGCAGGCUCCUGUGCUGACUGGGGAGUUUUUUACUCCUUUACUUCAACCUAAAUUACCACCAAUAAGGGACUUCACAAGAGCAUCCUCUCCCACCUUUAAGGAACACAGCUGUACAAGGAAUCUAAAUUUUUGGCCACGCAAGUAGCAAUCAGACAGAGACAUUGAUUUAAGCUCUUAUUUAAAAUUGUAGUUAAUUUGCAUCAAAAUCACUAGCAACAAAUAUAAGCAAUACCAGGAAUAAUUAAAACCAUGGUGGGUUCAUGCAGUAUUCAUUCAAUCCCUGUUGACAAAUCGCAGAUGGCCUCUUUUCUUUUGUUUCAAAAUUUUCAAAUAAAAGAUUUUUUACCAGAGACCAGGCUCUUC